UUCCAUCACAUCCCAAUUAAUUCGCCGAUCGAGUUUCCAUAACCCUAAUCUAGCUCCACCAUGGCCACCGCCGCAGCUACAUCCUCAUUCAUCGGAACACGGCUGCCGGAAAUCCACUCCGGUGCCGGUAGAGUCCAAGCCCGAUUCGGAUUCGGACAGAAAAAAGCCGCACCGAAGAAGGCUGCGAAGAAGCAAAUUCCGGACAGACCGUUGUGGUACCCAGGAGCUAAGUCACCGGAGUAUCUAGACGGAAGCCUUGUCGGUGACUACGGAUUCGAUCCGUUCGGUUUGGGGAAACCGGCGGAGUAUUUGCAAUAUGAUUUGGAUUCGUUGGACCAGAAUUUGGCGAAGAAUUUGGCUGGUGACAUUAUUGGAACGAGAACUGAAGUUGCUGAUGUGAAAUCAACUCCGUUUCAGCCUUACAGUGAGGUUUUUGGGCUACAGAGGUUCAGAGAAUGUGAACUGAUCCAUGGAAGAUGGGCUAUGUUGGCUACUCUUGGUGCACUCACUGUUGAGUGGCUCACUGGUAUUACAUGGCAAGACGCCGGAAAGGUUGAGUUGGUUGAGGGAUCAUCCUACUUAGGGCAACCACUCCCAUUCUCCAUUACAACAUUGAUCUGGAUUGAGGUUCUUGUGAUUGGAUACAUUGAAUUCCAAAGGAACGGCGAGCUUGACCCAGAAAAAAGGCUUUACCCAGGUGGAUCAUUCUUCGACCCAUUGGGCCUUGCUGCUGACCCGGAGAAAAAGGCCACCCUUCAACUCGCUGAGAUCAAGCAUGCUCGCCUCGCCAUGGUUGGGUUCUUGGGCUUUGCUGUCCAAGCUGCUGCUACUGGAAAAGGCCCACUUAACAACUGGGCUACCCACUUGAGUGACCCGCUUCACACUACCAUUUUCGACACCUUCGGAUUCUUCUCUUAAGCAACAUGCAUGCAUGGUUUUCGUUGAGGAUGGUUUUUACGUAUAUUAUAUUCAUCUUCAUCUUGUAAAAAUUGUAACAUUAAUUUGACACUAUUUCAAGGAGAAGCCUAUAUCAGACUUGUUGUUUAAUUAAGCUAAGUUUGAUUUUAUCAUCA